AUGGAAUGCCACACUUCCUGUUUACAGUGCACAGGAGGAAGUAGUCAGAACUGUACUUCCUGUGCCCAGCCCUACGUCCUCCAGGAAGGCCAGUGUGUCCCCAGAUGUCCCCCAGGACACACCGUCCAGGACAACACCUGCCAAGGGUGCCACCCGUCCUGCCAGGAGUGUUCAGGUACGUCUCAGGCUGACUGUGUGUCCUGCCCCCCCCUGGCCAACUUCAACAACGGCUACUGCAGGACUAGCUGUCCAGAUGGACUGUUCUUACACUCCCAAGGAUUCUGCCAGGAAUGCAGCAGUGAUUGCCAGCGCUGUGUGGCAGACCUCCAGACGGGCAUGGGCAGUGUGUGUCUGUGGUGUAAGAUUUCUAGGACCCUGUCGCUAGGAGACCACUGUGUCACCCGCUGUCCCCAAGGUUACUACCCCUGGCACGGAGCCUGCAAGAGAUGCCAUACUUCCUGUGAGGGUUGCAGUGGGGAGUGGCCUCUGUCCUGUACUUCCUGUCCCACCCCCAGCGUUCUACUGACCUCAGGUCUCUGUGGCCCCGCCUGCCCCUUGGGUUACUAUGCCGACAGAGACAGACAAUGCAGAGCCUGUGACAGCCGGUGCCGGUCCUGUGAGAUGGGUGGAGUGUGUACGUCGUGCCGUGACCCGGGCAAGGUUCUGCUGUUUGGAGAGUGUCAGUACGACAGCUGUGCCCACCAAUACUACCUCAACACCACCACGCGCACCUGCAGAG